CGCCUUCGUUGGCGCCUGCGGGCCCUUGCGAAAUGGCGGCAACGGUAGCGGCUUCGCGGAGCUUGGCGAAGCGCUGGCUGCGGCCGGCGGCGCGGGCGUGGCCAGCGGCAUGUCAGACUCUUGCACGCAACUUACACUUCACAGUCUAUGGAAAGAAAAAUGCUUCUACGAAGGUUUCUGAUUCGAUUUCUACACAAUAUCCAGUAGUGGACCAUGAAUUCGAUGCAGUUGUUGUGGGUGCAGGAGGAGCAGGUCUGCGGGCUGCAUUUGGUUUGUCAGAAGCUGGAUUUAAUACAGCAUGUGUUACAAAGCUGUUUCCCACCAGAUCUCAUACCGUUGCUGCACAGGGAGGGAUCAAUGCUGCUCUGGGAAACAUGGAGGAUGAUAACUGGAGGUGGCAUUUCUACGACACAGUGAAAGGGUCUGAUUGGCUGGGUGACCAGGAUGCCAUACACUACAUGACCGAGCAAGCCCCAGCUGCGGUGAUAGAGCUGGAAAACUAUGGGAUGCCUUUCAGCAGAACUGAAGAAGGAAAAAUCUAUCAGCGUGCAUUUGGUGGACAGAGUCUUCAGUUUGGAAAAGGAGGACAGGCUCACAGAUGCUGUUGUGUUGCAGACAGGACAGGACACUCGCUCUUACAUACUCUGUAUGGCAGGUCUCUAAGAUACGAUACAAGCUACUUCGUUGAGUAUUUUGCCUUGGACCUACUUAUGGAAAAUGGAGAAUGUCGUGGUGUUAUUGCCCUUUGCAUAGAAGAUGGCACUAUACAUCGUUUUAGAGCAAAGAACACUGUCAUUGCCACUGGUGGGUACGGCCGCACUUACUUCAGUUGUACAUCUGCUCAUACUAGUACGGGUGAUGGCACUGCUAUGGUCACACGAGCUGGUCUUCCUUGCCAGGACUUAGAAUUUGUACAGUUUCACCCUACAGGUAUCUAUGGGGCUGGCUGCCUUAUAACAGAAGGCUGUCGUGGAGAGGGAGGUAUUCUAAUUAACAGUCAAGGUGAAAGAUUCAUGGAGAGAUACGCACCUGUUGCUAAGGAUCUGGCUUCCAGGGAUGUAGUAUCUCGUUCUAUGACCAUAGAAAUCCGUGAAGGAAGGGGUUGUGGUCCUGAAAAAGACCAUGUGUACUUGCAGUUGCAUCACCUACCACCACAGCAGCUAGCAACCCGUCUCCCAGGAAUUUCAGAAACAGCUAUGAUAUUUGCUGGAGUCGAUGUCACUAAAGAGCCUAUUCCUGUUCUGCCUACUGUGCAUUAUAAUAUGGGAGGUAUUCCUACUAACUACAAAGGACAGGUGAUCACACAUGUGAAUGGUGAGGAUAGAGUGGUACCUGGUUUAUAUGCUUGUGGGGAAGCAGCCUCUGCAUCUGUCCAUGGCGCAAAUCGACUUGGAGCAAACUCACUUCUGGAUUUGGUGGUCUUUGGCCGUGCUUGCGCCCUUACUAUUGCAGAGACGUGCAAGCCUGGAGAGCCAGUUCCCUCCAUUAAACCAAAUGCCGGUGAAGAGUCAGUUGCUAAUCUUGACAAAUUAAGAUUUGCUAAUGGAACUGUAAGAACUUCAGAAGUGCGACUUAACAUGCAGAAGACAAUGCAAAACCAUGCUGCUGUAUUUCGUACUGGUUCUGUACUCCAAGAAGGCUGUGAAAAACUUAGCCAAAUUUAUAGUGAUCUGGCUCACCUAAAGACAUUUGACAGAGGUAUUGUGUGGAACACUGACUUGGUGGAGACCCUGGAACUGCAAAACCUGAUGCUUUGUGCUCUACAAACCAUUUAUGGUGCUGAAGCUCGCAAAGAAUCCCGGGGUGCUCAUGCCAGAGAGGACUAUAAGUUAAGGAUAGAUGAGUUUGACUAUUCUAAGCCGCUCCAAGGCCAACAGCGGAAGCCAUUUGAAGAGCACUGGAGAAAGCACACGCUUUCAUAUGUGGACAUCCCAUCUGGGAAGGUUACCUUGAAAUACAGACCUGUGAUUGACAGAACUUUGAAUGAAGAAGACUGCUCAACUGUCCCACCUGCUAUUCGCUCAUACUAGUAACUUACAUUUAACUUGCAGUCCCCUCCCAGAGGUGGUUAGUGUAUAUAGGCAUAGCACAAGCAAAUCAAAAUAGUACUGUCACUCUGAAUUAAUGGAAAAUGCUGACUAAACUUUUCUCCAGCUUGUGUUCUGCUGUGGCUUACUGUACAGUUAUGAAAACAGAAUGCAG